AUUUUUGAGAAUCGUCAAGGUCUCUGUAUGGUCCGAGCUGCCUGGCUUUGCCUGCUAAUGAUGUCGUCCUCGGCCUGAAGAGGUCCCCACCGGGGUCAUUUAAACACUUGAAAGGAGGAACAAUUAAACCCUCGGCUGAAACAUUAGUCUGGCGGGAGGUGUCGGGUUGCUUCCUUCAGUAACGCACGCCGCCACACGGUCAGGUGAAGGCUGUCCCUGCAGAGACUUCCGGAUAUCCCCGCAGCAAACUCGGGCUGCGGGCGCAGGCACGGCGGGGGGACCCAGGGGGGUGGACUUGGCACCUUGAAAUGGUGUGUUCGGAAGAGCCGCCCUUGGACGCGAGGAUUGCCAAGCGCCCGGGAGAUGUCAACGGCCCCCGCUGCAGCUGGGACACCUCGGGGAUGACCGGCGCCCACUAGAAUGCCUGGAUGGUUCAAAAAGGUGUGGUUCGGGCUGGCGUCCUUACUCAGCUUCUCCUCCUUCGUCCUGAUCAUCGUGGCCCUGGCGGUGCCCCACUGGCUGAGCGGGAAAAUCCUGUGUCAGACUGGAGUGGACCUGGUCAACGCCACGGAUCCGGAGCUGGUCAAGUUCAUUGGGGACAUUUACUACGGGCUCUUCCGCGGGUGUAAGGUGCGGCAGUGCGGGCUCGGGGGCCGCCAGUCCCAGUUCACGAUCUUCCCACAGCUGGUGAAGGAGCUCAACACCGGCCUCCACGUGCUGAUUCUGCUGCUGCUCUUCCUGGCCCUACCCCUGGCUCUGGUCAGCAUGGGCUUUGCCAUCCUCAACAUGAUCCAGGUUCCCUACAAGGCAGUCAACGGCCCUGGGGGCAUCUGCCUAUGGAACGUCAUUGCAGGUGGAGUCGUGGCGUUGGCCCUCGCCAGUUUCGUGGCCGCGGUGAAGUCCCACGACCUGACGGAGCGGAUCGCCAACUUCCAGGAGAGGCUCUUCCGCUUCGUCGUGGUGGAGGAACGGUACGAGCAGUCCUUCUGGAUCUGCGUGGCCAGCGCCUCGGCCCACGCUGCCAACUUGGCCGUGGUGGCCAUCAGUCAGAUUCCCCUCCCAGAGGUGAAGACCAAGAUGGAGGAGGCCACGGUCACGGCCGAGGAUAUCUUGUAUUGAGAGUGUUCUCCCCCCAGGCCCUUUCCCGGGUCAGUUCUGGAGUAGGGACGGGGGCCCCAUCGCUGUUGCGGGCUUCCCAGUCCAGCAUGGCCAUGGUUUCGGCAAGAAGAAGGAGGAAAUGGACGGAGGAAGGGUGGUACCUGGGCCAGAAAAGAAAAACUUUCCCAAAUUCCUGGUAUCUCUGUCCUUCUCUCUCAACAACCUUGGACUUAGAGUUGGAGUUGGAGACUUUGCACUUGCCAGCUGUGAGUGACAUUGGACAAUGCACUGAGUGUCUACUCCUCAGUUUCCUCAUCGCAGUAUGGGGGUGCGAAUGACCUCGCAAGAUUGUAAAGAGGUUUUAAUGGGCUAUAAUGUUGCCAGCCUUUAGAUGCUGUAGAACAUGCCACAAAUGUAAGAUCCUGAGAACUCCAAUAAACGCCUACACACCA